AUGCAAUACCAACAACAAGCUGGAGCUGUUCGAGCUCAACAAAAUUAUAAUUAUGGUGCGUGCAUGGAAAAUGGUUGUUCGUGUCCUGCAAUGAUACCAAUUGAAGGAUGCCCGGACAGAUGUGCCAAAUGCUCGCACGAUAAUUUAAUACAUAUUAAUUUAAGUUCAGAAUCGAGCCAAGAUUAUAAUGUAGGUAAUGGCAUAAAUAAUCAAUCAUGCCCCCCGAACAAUAUAAACUCGGAAUUGAAUUCUCUUGGAUAUCCCGUCAAUAACGAAGUAGUCGAAUACGCAACGUAUCCAGACCAACAAGCAUACUUUAAUCAGAAGAAAACUCCAGAUAAAAAACUUCCAGUACGAGAAAUACCUCCGCCCAAUACAAUAUGGUUCUAUAAUCGUAAUGAGAAAUACUAUGAAUUUACGAACUUCCAAGAAGGUUAUCCGAUUGUCGCUGCACUGGUGCAGCCCAAACCGGGAGAACAACCUAAUUGUAAGAAAUGGCCCACAAGUGAACACCUUUUUCAGGCAGCAAAGUUCAAGAAGGAUCAUCCAGAAAUCUGCGAGCAUAUUAGACUUUGCAAAACUGCGAGAGAUGCAUUAAAUAUGGCGCGACAGUAUCAACAUUAUGUGGAUCCAAAUUGGCAAGAUAUUAACGUACAAGUGAUGGAAUGGGUUGUCUCACAAAAAUUUGAACAACACCCAGUUUUGGCAUCAAUGCUAAUAUCAACAGGCGAUCUUGAACUAGUAGAACAUACGGAAGUAGAUAGUUUUUGGGGAGAUGGAGGUGGUAAAGGGCGUAAUGAGCUUGGGCAAGUGUUAAUGCGAGUCAGAAAAAAGUUAAGAGAAAGGGCUCAAUUUCACCCCGAAAUCAAUGCUCCCAUAAACGUGAAUCAUGCAGAGGACAACUCAAUAUAUAUGAUAUCGGGAUCUCACACUCAUUCUUCAUCGUCUGUAAACACACAAAAUCAAUUUUAUUCUCAGGGAUUAGAUAGUUCAUGGGUUCAUUUGAACAACUUGAAUACUCCCCCUCCACCAUUACCUCCGCGUAAUACCAAACGCGAUCUAACUAAAUAUAAUCCUAACCAGCUUCAAGUAUCACAGCAACAGAUACCACCGCCACAACAAUCACCAAUACCACCACAAUCAAUCCCACAGCAACAAUUAAUGAUACAACAACAAUCAAUGCCACCACAACAACCAAUGCCACAACAACAACCAAUGUCGCAGCAACAAUCAAUGCCGCAGCAACAGACAAUGCCGCAGCAACAAUCAACACAACAGCAACCACUACAACCAGUAAACAAUAAAAAUGAUAUAAUUGUGAAUUCAAAUAAUUCGAAUCCGCCUUCCCAAUAUAAUUAUAUUUAA